AUGUCCCAGUCAGACAUCAACACCACCACCAUGCGUGCUUGGCGCUUUGGCCGCCCGGGCCAGCUCGAGCACACGCUCACCCUUGACGCCAAUGUGCCGAAGCCCGCGGCAUCCUCCCUCAAGCCACAGGAGCUCCUCGUCAAGGUCUCGGAAUGUGGGUUGAAUCCUGCCGACUACAAGCUCAACGAAAUGGGCCAAGUCGCACGAGUGGUACUGGCCUACCCUAAAACAGCCGGCAUGGACUUCGGAGGCGUCGUUGCAGCUGUCGGCAGCCAAGUGGACGAUAUCAAAGUCGGUAGUUCUGUGCUGGGGAGAGCGUCUCCUUUGGAGUCUCCAGGUGGAUUGUCAGAAUACGUGGUUGUCGACCGGUCCGUGGUUGCAGAAUACGCUCCCAGAAUUCGGGACCCAGCAGGUCUGCCCACGGCUGGACUCACAGCAUACCAGACCAUCGCACCGUAUGUAUCGGCUGGAUCAAAGAUCUUUAUCAACAGCGGCUCAGGCGGUGUAGGCACAAUGUGCGUCCAGAUAGGCAAGAUCCUGGGCUGCCACGUGACCACCACCUGCUCGACCGGUAAGAUGGACUUGUGCAAGGAGCUCGGAGCUGAUGUGGUCAUUGACUACAAGACGAGCUCGGUGGUGGAGAAGCUGCAGGGCGCCGGACUCAAGUUUGAUCUCAUCGUGGACAAUGUCGGCAACAAUCCGUCGAACCUUUUCUCCGCGAGCAACGACUAUCUCAAGCCCCAUGCCCCCUACUUCUUUGUCGGCGGGAACUUGAGCUUCUCGACCGUCACAAGCCUACUCUACGCCACGCUGGCGCCUGCUUUCAUGGGGGGCGCGAAGGGCAGUUUCCGGGUGUUCAUGACCAAGAACAGCCAGCCUGACUUGGAGCAGCUCACCGCGUGGCUGAGCGAUGGCAAGCUGAAGCUCAUCGUUGACAAGCGGUUCUCGUUCGAGGAGGCCAAGAGUGCGAUGGAGUACGUGAAGAAGGACUCGCCUCGCGGCAAGGUCAUUGUCAAUGUGGGAGCGAACCAGUAA